AUGUGCUGCCCAUUGCUGCCUGUGCCUGUGCUGUCCGUUGCCGCCCGUUGCUGCCUGUGCCUGUGCUGCCCGUUGCUGCCCGUGCCUGUGCUGCCCGUUGCCGCCCGUUUCCGCCUGUGCCUAUGCUGCCCGUUGCUGCCAGUGCCUGUGCUGCCCGUUGCUGCCUGUGCCUGUGCUGCUUGUUGCCGCCUGUGGCUGCCCGUGCCUGUGCUGCCCAUUGCCGCCCGUUGCUGCCUGUGCCUGUGCUGCCUGUUGCUGCCUGUGCCUGUGCUGCCCCUUGCCGCCCGUUGCUGCCCGUGCCUGUGCUGCCCGUUGCUGCCCGUGCCUGUGCUGCCCCUUGCCGCCCGCUGCUGCCUGUGCCUGUGCUGCCCGUUGCCGCCCGUUGCCGCCCGUUGCCGCCUGUGCCUGUGCUGCCUGUUGCCGCCUGUUGCUGCCCGUUUCUGUACUGCCCGUUGCCGCCCGUUGCUGCCUGUGCAGGUGCUGCCCGUUGCUGCCUGUGCCUGUCCUGCCCGUUGCCGCCCGUUGCUGCCAGUGCCUGUGCUGCCCGUUGCUGCCCGUGCCUGUGCUGCCCGUUGCCGCCCGUUGCCGCCUGUGCCUGUGCUGCCCGUUGCUGCCUGUGCCUGUGCUGCCCGUUGCUGCCUGUGCCUGUGCUGCCUGUUGCCGCCUGUGGCUGCCCGUGCGUGUGCUGCCCGUUGCCGCCCGUUGCUGCUUGUGCCUGUGCUGCCUGUUGCUGCCUGUGCCUGUGCUGCCCGUUGCCGCCCGUUGCUGCCCGUGCCUGUGCUGCCUGUUGCUGCCCGUGCCUGUGCUGCCCCUUGCCGCCCGUUGCUGCCCGUGCCUGUGCUGCAUGUUGCCGCCCGUUGCUGCCCGUGCCUGUGCUGCCCGUUGCCGCCCGUUGCUUUCCGUGCCUGUGCUGCCCGUUGCUGCCCGUUGCUGCCUGUGCCUGUGCCGACUGUUGCUGCCCGUGCCUGUGCUGCCCGUUGCCGCCCGUUGCUGCCUGUGCCUGUGCUGCCCGUUGCUUCCCGUGCCUGUGCUGCCCGUUGCCGCCUGUGCCUGUGCUGCCCGUUGCUGCCUGUGCCUGUGCUGCCUGUUGCUGCCCGUGCCUGUGCUGCCCGUUGCCGCCCGUUGCUGCCUGUGCCUGUGCUGCCUGUUGCUACCUGUGCCUGUGCUGCCCGUUGCCGCCCGUUGCUGCCCGUGCCUGUGCUGCCCGUUGCUGCCCGUGCCUGUGCUGCCCGUUGCCGUCCGUUGCUGCCCGUGCCUGUGCUGCCCGUUGCCGCCCGUUGCUGCCCGUGCCUGUGCUGCCCGUUGCUGCCCGUGCCUGUGCUGCCUGUUGCCGCCCGUUGCUGCCCGUGCCUGUGCUGCCCGUUGCCGCCCGUUGCUGCCCGUGCCUGUGCUGCCCGUUGCCGCCUGUUGCUGCCCGUGCUUGUGCUGCCCGUUGCCGCCCGUUGCUGCCCGUGCCUGUGCUGCCCGUUGCUGCCCGUGCCUGUGCUGCCUGUUGCCGCCUGUUGCUGCCCGUGCCUGUGCUGUCCGUUGCCGCCCGUUGCUGCCCGUGCCUGUGCUGCCCGUUGCCGCCCGUUGCUGCCCGUGCCUGUGCUGCCCGUUGCCGCCUGUUGCUGCCCGUGCCUGUGCUGCCCGUUGCCGCCCGUUGCUGCACGUGCCUGUGCUGUCUGUUGCCGCCUGUUGCUGCCAGUGCCUGUGCUGCCCGUUGCCGCCCGUUGCUGCCCGUGCCUGUGCUGCCCGUGCCUGUGCUGCCCGUUGCCGCUCUGCUGCUGCCCGCGCCCUUGUGCGCUCUGGUCUGCCUGCGCCAUCGUGCGCUCUGCUGCUGCCCGCGCCCUCCCGUGGAACGGAGGCUAUGGGGGUGGCGGGUAUGGGGGUGAUGGGUGUGUGUGA